AUGACCCACUUAAGCUCUUGCUUAUACCCCAUCCUAGCAAGCUCUGCCUCGUCCCUGUCCACCGUCAGGACUUCCACCGUCGGUUUCCUUUCUUUCGCCAUGGGCUCCAACACCAUGUAUAAUCAGUCCAACAGCCUGCCCGAGGGUUGUUUUUUACAAUUCAUCCAGGAGUGUGUGACAUCCAAAGAAUAG